CCCACAAUCACCUCUCACUAAUGACAAAGUAAGAACCCACUAACUUCGUUCAGGAUUUCCAGGCUCAUAUAACGAGACAGUUUUGGUUUUUUCCGCAGUAUGAGAUCUUGCUCUGCAUCCAGGAUGAGGACGAUCCUGCUGUCGACGUCUGCAAGAAACUUUUGGGAAAAUAUCCCAACGUUGACGCUCGUUUAUUCAUCGGGGGCAAGAAAGUUGGAAUCAACCCGAAGAUCAACAACCUGAUGCCUGGUUAUGAAGGAGCCAAAUACGGGCUGGUGUGGAUCUGUGACAGCGGCAUCAGAGUGAAACCUGACACCCUGACAGAUCUGACCAAUCAGAUGACAGAGAAGGUGGGAUUGGUCCACGGGUUGCCGUAUGUUGCCGACCGGCAAGGCUUCGCCGCCACGCUGGAGCAGGUGUAUUUUGGGACGUCUCAUCCUCGAUCUUACAUCUCAGCGAAUGUGACGGGGAUAAAGUGCGUAACAGGGAUGUCGUGUCUAAUGAGGAAGGACGUGUUGGAUCAGGCCGGCGGUUUGGUCGCUUUCGCUCAGUACAUCGCUGAAGAUUACUUCAUGGCUAAAGCCAUCGCAGACAGAGGCUGGAAGUUCUCCAUGGCAACGCAGGUGGCACUGCAGAAUUCUGGGUCUUAUUCUAUUGGCCAGUUUCAGUCCCGUAUGAUCAGAUGGACUAAACUGAGGAUCAACAUGCUUCCUGGCACCGUGUUGGAGCCCGUCUCUGAGUGCUUCCUGGCCAGCCUCAUUAUUGGCUGGGCUGCUCAUCACGUGUUCAGGUGGGACAUGAUGGCGUUCUUCAUGUGUCACUGUUUGGCCUGGUUUAUUAGUGACUACAUUCAACUCACUGGAGUUCAG